AAAGUACCUUCACGUUCUUACCUCGACGACAACCCAAAAUGGCCCAAGAUGAGCAUAAACCCAAGCGACGGAAAACUAAAUCGACAAAUGAUGCAUCAGUUGUAAAAAUUGGCGACAAAACAAUAUCUCUAAGUGCAUAUCUAAAUCCUCAAAAGAAAGCACCAGAGCAGCCAUCAGUGGAUGAGCAGCCCAUCACAACAGCUAGACCCCAGCUGAAAUCUGUAGAGGAAGUUAAGCCAGAGCCUAAGCAGGAAUCCCACCAGAAAAAUGCGACGAAGAGGCUUGCAACAAAUGGUGACCCAUCAUUAUUGAAAUCUCGAAAAGCAUUGCCUAUAUGGGCUCACCAAAAUGAGAUCAAAGCCAGUUUACGGGACAAUGAUGUGCUGCUUAUCGUUGGUGAGACUGGUUCGGGUAAAAGUACCCAAGUCCCUCAGUUCUUAUGCGAUGAACCAUGGUGUCGAAAGAAGAAGGUUCGGGUCGAGUCUGAUACAGUGAACGUAGGCGGUAUGAUUGCCAUCACUCAACCACGACGAGUUGCUGCGACUACUCUAGCUAGCAGGGUCUCUCGGGAAAUGGGAACUCCUCUUGGAUCAUCACGCGAGGGAUCUGUCGGGUAUUCAGUUCGAUUCGACCACAAUGUACCAAAGGGCACUAAGAUCAAGUUCCUCACGGAGGGUAUGCUUCUUCAGGAAUUGUUGCGAGAUCCCAAUCUACGACAGUAUAGUGCCAUCAUCGUCGAUGAGAUUCACGAGAGGAGUGUCGACGUCGAUUUGAUCGCUGGAUUUCUAAAGCAGAUCAUGUCGAGUGACAAGGCCGGCCGAGGAGGUAUCCCCUUAAAAGUCAUCAUCAUGAGUGCGACGGCGGAUGUGGAGAAGAUCCAAGAUUUCUUCAAGCCCCGAGACCAAAAUUCUUCCGUUCAACUUCUCCGAAUAGAAGGAAGGCAAUAUCCCGUGGAUAUCAAGUUUACGGUCAGGCCCGUCCCAGAUGUCGAAGAAGCCCUUCUCAAGCGAAUCUUCGACAUCCAUUUACAUGAGCCGUUACCCGGUGACAUAUUAGCUUUUCUCGUUGGUCAAGAACAAAUCGAGGCUGCUCAACGUCUGAUUGAACAACACAAUGCUACGUUGGCUUCGGAUGUGCCGAAACUAUUAGCUUGCCCUUUAUAUGGUCAACUCUCAAUUCAAGCGCAGCAAGAUGCAUUUCAACCUGCUAAGGACCGCUUUACACGAAAGGUAGUUCUGGCAACAAAUAUCGCUGAAACCUCCGUCACUGUCCCUGGCGUCCGCUACGUGAUCGACUGUGGAAAGGCUAAAGUGAAGCAAUUUCGAUCACAAUUAGCGAUGGAAUCAUUAUUAGCGAAGGCGAUUUCAAAAUCAUCAGCAAUACAGCGGACUGGUCGAGCCGGACGUGAAGGGCCAGGCAAAUGCUUCAGGCUUUAUACUUCGGAUACCUACGACACCCUCAAGGACGCGGACCUCCCCGAAAUUUUACGCAACGACGUCUUAGGUGCAGUUUUGACAAUGAAGGCACGCGGCAUUAAUGAUAUCCUCUCAUUCCCACUAAUGGACUUCCCUGAUAUCGAGUCGGUGGAAAAGGCUCUAAUACACCUCCACUUCUUAGGUGCGCUAGCAGAUGAUGGCAGUAUUACGAAGAUUGGGAGAAAGCUAGCCCUUUUUCCAGUUUCUGCUCCAUACGGGAGAGUACUUCUUGCAGCAAGCGAACCUCAAUAUGAUUGCCUUCUCGAAGUCAUCGAUAUUAUUGCUUGCAUCACGUCAGGGGAGAAUAUAUUUCACCAGCUACAAUCAGAGGAAGUAAGAGAAGAGGUCGAAGAGUACCGCAAGGAAUUAUAUCGCAGGGAAGGGGAUAUUCUCACUUAUCUAACUACCAUGCAACGGUACGCGGCGGAAAACACUAACCGGGUCGAGUGGUGUAAGAAGAGGAAGAUUAAUACACGGAACAUGAAACAGGCUCUCAAUAUCCGAAAACAGCUUCGAGGCAUAUGCUUGAAGGAAAAGAUGCUUACGGAACCACCACCGCCGGAUCCUCAACCGUUCGUGCCUAUGUCUCCCGAGAGGGCAAAUAUGCUCCUGAAAUGCUUUAUGAAGGGCUUCGGAAUGAAAUGUGCUCUGCUGGCACCGGAUUCCAGUUAUGUCACCAUACAAGGGAAGCACGUCGUGGCUAUUCAUCCGUCAAGCGCAAUGCAUGGGCAGAAAAGGGAGGCAAUCAUGUUUUUGGAGCACGUGUUCACGCAGAGGAGUUACGCUAAGAGAGUCAGCGCUAUACAGGCAGAUUGGAUUGUUGAAGUGUUAGAAGGCAGAUGAACGUCUUAAAAACGAAGGACAACCUCCACGUUGAUACCCACUGUUUGCCUAAUAUCUGAAGCUCAUGCUGUGAAACAACCAUUCUAAGAUACCUGAGGGCUGUGCCAAGGUGAAAACACAUUGUACCAAUGCGGUGCGGGCUGACAUUCUGCAUAGCCCGACGGCAUAAUGAGUGACCUGGCGAGUCGGAGCCAAGCUGGUAUUAGUAGGCAAGUUUAGGAGCUCGAAGAUACCCACGGAGAAUGCCUUGUGCAAAUGAAUUCAUGGCCGCAGCCUACAUCGUAUGUACCUAGUAAAUAUUUGGAUGUCAGAGAAGAGUGGUUGGCUUUCGAAUAGUCUCUGCUUCAUGGGUAGGUAAUUAAAACGAUUGGCAUCAGAGUGUUGAUUGUAAGAGUUCAGUUCAACAGAA